AUGACCAACUUCACCACCUGCACCUUCGACCUGCACCCCUCAUAUGAAAAACUUCAUUUUCCUCCCAUCUUCAGGACUUUAUUCGGCCUAACUGCUCUACUCUACUCUGCCCCCACCCUAUCUAACCCUUCAUUCAGCCCAACUGCUCUACUCUACUCUACCUCCACCCUAUCUAACUCCAUGAGCUAUGGGGAAGGUGUCAGCACAGGCUGUAUCUACUCCCUGUUUCCAGUCCCACAAGUUCCUUCUCACUCACAUACUCAUGUUCAAUCACACCCAGAUACUUGUGGCAAGGACCAUUCCAGCAAGACACCCAUAAACUGUCCCAUACUAACUGUACAAAUGCCUGCCACUAAGAAGACUGAUAAAGUUGGGCGGCAUGCUUCUCAGAGUGUGAAGAGUCCCUCGUCUGCUGCUCCCUCAGCAUCUGCUCUCAAGCACUCUGCUGCUGCAACUGCAACAGCACCUGCUUCCACUACCACAACAAGCCUUAAUCCACUUCUCACCUUCAUCCUGCACCUUUGUACUGCACCCUUCGUCUUGUCUCGCACCUUCAUCCUCGCACCCUUCAUCCUGUGCCCUUCAUCCUUGCACCCUUAA